CAUGAUGCGUUAUAACCCUCCCACUGAGGACUUUAUUCAUCUCAUUUUUAGAUAGUAUUCACAGCCAGCCAGACUUCUUCACUGUCUGAAGCUUCCAGAGAUGAGUUUAGGCGGGAAAGUGGCCGUGGUGACGGGAGCGGCAAAGGGGAUUGGAAAAGCCAUCGCAGAGAUAUUUCUUCAAAAUGGCGCAAAGGUAGUCCUGCUUGAUGUUGAUGAACCCACAGGGAAGAGGUUGAAGAACGGCCUUGACCAGCAGUUUGGAGAGGAGAGAUCUUUGUUUAUGAAGUGCAGCGUUGAGUCAGACGAGGACAUAAAAGCUGCGCUCCAAAGCACCAUAGAUACCUUUGGAUCCAUCAACAUUUUAUGCAACAAUGCUGGAAUCCUGAGAGAAGGCGACUGGGAGAAAACCAUCUCCAUAAACCUUGGAGGUGUUAUUCGGAUGACCUAUGCAGCUCUGGAACACAUGAACAAGCUCAGCGGCGGUCAGGGAGGGGUCGUGGUCAACACAUCAUCUGUGGCAGGUCUUGACCCCCUCCCAAGCUGUCCUGCUUAUUCAGCCACCAAGCAUGGAGUGGUCGCCUUUACACGAGCAAUGGCAGCGGCCUCCAGAGCGUCGGAAUAUGGAAUCCGCUUCAACGUUGUCUGCCCUGUCCGGGUCCAAACAGACUUCUUCUCCUCAGUUUCUCAAAACUUUGGACAGUUCUCCCACCUGCUUGGUGCCCUGCAGAAAUCGGCAGAGCGAGCUUUGGAUCCAUCUGAGGUCGCUGAGUGCGUCCUCGACCUGGUGACGGAUGAGGUGAAGAACGGAGAGACCGUCUUACUGAGCCAAAGCGGGAGAAAAUACUUGACUUUUCCCCAAAAUCUUCAGUAGCCUCUGGCACCACAACACGAUGGAGGACAAUUGGGACUAGCCGGUUUUUCUCUGUUCCUUUCUCCUUUCUCCUCGGUAUCAAAUGAGCUGCAGCAUUCAGACAGAAUUGUCAUCUGGACUUGAGACCUUUGAGUUUUGCUCUGAUCUUGAUGUGACCAGUUUGGUUUCAAGCUAGUUUCUGUCUCAACCCUUUAACACCAGAGAUGCUGGCGUUGACGCCUAAACAACACACGCUCUUUCACCUACCACUACUCUUUAACCGUUAUGCGAUUAAUGUGAAUCAGCUGAUUCUGACGGGAAGAAAAGCAGCUUUGUAUAUCUGCAGUCCACCAAUAUGCAACAGAUUACAAAUGUAAAGUGUUGCAUAUCAGCGCAAAGCUGCCUUUCUCUGUUCCAGAAUCUGCUGGAAUUACAUUAAUUGCGUAAACGGUUGAAAAGUUAUGGUAGUCGACAGAAUAUAAACACUGGAGCUGAUGGGUUAAUUCUGUCUGUCUCUGCAGCUGAUUUCUCCAAUAACAUUCUCUCUUUUCUUCUUGUUUUUAAAUAAAAGUAAAUUCUGUCUCGUCUUAACUAAAUAAAACUGUGGACAGAUCAUGAU